CACCCUGACUGCUCUAUAAAACACCCAGAGAGUGGAGAGAGGAAGCCAAAGUUUGUGAUAUUCUACGAGCUGACAGACAUCAUGAGUCUCAUCAAAACGGAAGGCAGCCUCAGAGGGCUCACCAUCCUCUGUGUUCUCAUCGGCUUGUUGGCCUCCUCUCAGGCUGCAAACUGUCCAAAGGGAGAGGAGUCCUCUCUGAAGCUGCAACUAAACUUGCUGAGGAAUCGCUUCAGACACCUGUGUAACCAAUACUCCAACCUGGCAACCAACUGCUCAGCUCCAGUGAUCCCCUGCGCCCAGUGUCCUGAAGGGUGGCUUGUCGUUGGGGACCAAUGCUUCCUCCUCAGCACUGACAGGGACGACUAUUCUAAUAGUACAAAGAAGUGUGCAGAGAUAGGAGCCCAUCUGGCCAUCUUGACCACCAAAGAACAGCAUGAUGCCGUGGAACAAGAAGGCAAAAACAUCAUAGGGAUAUACACGUACUACUGGAUCGGACUGACUGACAUUGAGACUGAAGGAGACUGGAGAUGGGUGGACAACUCAAAACUUCAAACCCCAUUUUGGGAGACGCCGGAGCCAAACAACCACCUGUCCGGUGGGCCGGAGGGAGAGGACUGUGCGGUGGUGAACAGCCACACUCAGUUCUGGUACGAUGUUCCCUGUUCCUUCACGUACCCACGGAUCUGUCAGAUGGACGCCAUCCUGCCCCAGUGAGCCCCGACACACCACUCAAUUAGGAAAGAUAUUGAUACUUUAUUGAAAAACGUCCCAUUACUCUUCUCAUUACAAUUUGAUCUGAAAUAAAGAAAAUCUCUGACAAAAA